AUUUUACGGCAAACCGUAUUCCAGUCUGUGCAUGGAGACUACACGUGAAUGUAUGAAACAGUAAGUUUAGAGACUCCUCUGAGGUUUUUACAUUAGUGGAGCACCGCUGCGACACCGACCGACAGCAGAGCUCGCAGCCGGCGGGAUGCUGUACCUGAUCGGCCUGGGUCUGGGAGACGCCGCGGACAUCACGGUGAAGGGUCUGCAGGCGGUGAAGGGCUGCAGCAGGGUUUACCUGGAGGCCUACACCUCCAUCCUCACCGUGGGGAAGGAGGCUCUGGAGGAGUAUUAUGGGAAGCAGUUGAUCCUGGCGGACAGGGAUCUGGUGGAACAGGGAGCUGAUGAGAUCCUGAAGGAUGCAGAUGUGACUGACGUGGCGUUCCUGGUGGUGGGAGAUCCGUUCGGAGCCACCACACACAGUGACCUGGUCCUCAGAGCAGUGAAUGCUGGGAUACCGUACAGAGUCAUCCACAACGCCUCCAUCAUGAACGCAGUGGGCUGCUGCGGCCUGCAGCUGUAUAACUUCGGGGAGACGGUGUCUCUGGUGUUCUGGACGGACACGUGGAGACCUGAGAGCUUCUACGACAAAAUCUGUAAAAACAGAACAGCUGGAAUGCACACACUCUGUCUGCUGGAUAUUAAAGUCAAAGAGCAGUCCAUCGAGAACAUGAUGAGAGGGAGGAAGAUCUACGAGCCUCCUCGCUACAUGACAGUCAGUCAGGCUGCAGAUCAGCUGAUCCAGAUCAUCCAGAGGAGGAGGGAGCAGGGGGAGGAGCUAGGUGUGACGGAGGACACGGUGUGUGUGGGCGUCGCCAGGCUCGGCGCCGAUGACCAGAAGAUCCGUGCUGCGACAUUACGUCAGCUGGUGUCAUGUGACCUCGGCGCUCCGCUCCAUUCUCUGGUCGUCACCGGCAGACUCCACCCGCUGGAGGUGGACAUGCUGCGAGUAAACGAAGAACCAAACGCACUGCAACACCUGAAGGCGAUCGACAGCUCCACCUGGACCUCCUAACACACACACACACACACACACACACACACACACACACACACACACACACACACACACGCACACACACGCACAC